AUGGCGUCCAAGACAACGAUCUUCCUGAGUAUCCUCAUAUACUCUUCCCUCUGUCGGGGACAGACUGCCACCUCCAGCACUAAUCCAGCGACAUAUACCAAUCCAAUUCUGGAUGGCGUUGGAGCAGAUCCCUGGGUCAUCCGCCAUGACGACUAUUACUACAUGACCUACACUACCAACGACAACAUCACCAUUCUUCGAAGCAGUGUCCUAACUGACUGGAACAACGCCGACAUCAAACUGGCCUUCGCCCCACCCGAGAACACGUCCUACCGCUACGACCUCUGGGCCCCGGAGCUCCACUUCAUAAAUGGUCUCUGGUACAUCAUCUUCACCGCCGAUGUGGACGCCGACUCACCCUCUCCCGAGCAAGACAUGCUCUGCGACUUCACCUGUCCCGCGGUCAACCACCGCAUGUUCGUGUUAGAAUCCUCGUCCUCCCAUCCGUGGACCAGCACCUACACGUUCAAGUCCGAACUGGAUACCUACGACCAGUUCGCGAUCGACGGCACAUACUUCGUCCACUCCACCGGCAUCUACCACGUGUAUUCGUGCUGGGAAGCCCAAUACACCUCGUGGCCCAGCAUGCUGUGUAUGUCGCGCAUGACAGAUCCGUGGACCGUGUCGUCAUCUCUCGCUGAGCGCGUCGUGAUAUCUUACCCCGACCAGCCCUGGGAGAAAACGCCGUAUAACCGCACGGUUAACGUAAGGUUGUCGUCGAACGAAGGCCCGGAACAGCUCGUCAACCCGGCCACGGGGCAGCAAUUCAUCAUCUACUCUGCUGCACGCAGCGAUAAUCGGAAUUACUGCCUUGGUCAACUGGAAUUGGUGGGUGAAGAUCCGAUGAACCCGGCGUCUUGGUCCAAGUCUACGGCCGGGUGCAUAUUUUACGAAAACUCGGCCGACUCAGUGUAUGGUGUAGGGCAUGCGAGUUUUACGACGUCUCCGGAUGGAACAGAGGAUUGGAUCGUGUAUCAUGGCAUGCGAGACUAUGAAAACGGAUGGAGUGCGAGGACGAUUCGGACGCAGAGGUUUGACUGGAAUGAAGACGGGAGUCCGAGGUUUCCGAGGCCAGGAAUCGGGCCGUAUGCGGUGCCAAGCGGGCAAGAAGAGGGAGGAAAUGGUGGUACUCCAGGCGCAACAUCCUCGAUGACAACGGAAUUAGAAGAAGUGUCGACGGGGGCUUCGAGCACCGUCUCAAGUUUGACUUCGUACGUGUCAAAGCACAUGACGACGUAUGGCGGUGGUGGGGACACCGGGCUAUCUGCGUCGGGCAGCUGGCAGACGACAUGGACCUGA